AUGUCUUUAACUGAGCUAUCAACUAACUUCAUGCACACGCAACCUUUUCAAAUCGGGUCGUUAGAUUAUGACCCUAAAAUUCAAUCAAUAUUCCCAACAUACUCCAUAAAUGCCUUUCGUUCUGGAAAUGAUCUUCCUACUCCUAUGACUCCUAUAACCUAUGCUCACUCAAAUACUGAUGUUAUGACAGAUCCGAUUAACGCUAGAACUCAACCUGCAACUCUGUAUACUGAAACCAGUUUACAUCGCCAUGUCGAUCAUGCUAACAAUAGAUCUCCUAUUCAAUAUCAAGCUAAUUAUGCACCAAUUACAGCUGGUGAAAAUCAGCAAAUCACUAAUUCAUCUCGUCCAGGAGGAGUUCUUGAUGAACGAAAACCUAUUUAUACAAAUACUGAUCCUGUUGAAAAUCCUAUAAACAAUGAAAAUAUUUCUCCUCAAAUUUCAAAUUUUAAUAUUUUUCCAAGACCAAGAUUACCAAGAUUAUCUUUACCUGAACGUUCAAAUUUUAAUGCUAAUAGAGAAGUUAAUAGAGAAGUUAAUAGAGAGGUUAAUAGAGAGGUUAAUAGAGAAGUUAAUAGAGAGAUUAAAAGAAGUGCAAAAUCUCUAAUAUCAAGAAAAGCUAGGUCUUCUUCGGAUCCGGCAAAAAAUCUUCGGAUUUCUCGUUCUGAUAUUGGUCUUUCACUUUCUUUCGAAAAUCGUUCAACUAUUAUACCACCACCUCUACCUGUUGGUUCUUUAUCAAUGACUAUAAAUUUACCAUCAAUUUCAAAUUCUUAUUCAAGUCUUAAUUCUCCUAUUUUAAAUGAUCUAAAUUAUACUCCAUCAUCAACAAAUCAGGAUUCUUCUUCAACUUCUUAUUAUCGUAUACCUGAUUAUUCAAGGUAUUCUGAUCCUAUUAAAUUACCUAGUGAAACUUAUCAUCUUUAUGGUUCUGAAACUAGUUCUUUUGAUUUUGUAUCAAAUCAUUCUAUUAAUUUUAUUAAUGGUUAUGAUAAUCGUUCAAAUAGAGAUUUAGAUUAUAAUAUUAAUAAUCAUAAUUUUCCAAAGAAACGAAGUAGUUAUUUAUUAAGUUCCGUUGCUAGAAAGCACUUUACUAUUUUUAGAAAACCUAAAAAAACUUUUCUUCCUUAUCAAAAAGCUAUUAAAGCUUUAGAUGAUUCUCAAUUUAAUGAGGCUAUUAAUUUAUUCUCUUUAGUAUUAGAAAAAUAUCCUCAAAGUUAUUCAGUUAGAUGUGAUCGUGCUUAUGCUUCUUAUCAAAUUGAAGAUUGGGAUAGAGCAAUUGAUGAUUUAUCUAUUGCUAUUGAAAGAAAACCAAGGAAAUCUCGUGCUUAUUCACUUAGAGGUGAAGUUUAUAGACUUUUAUCUUUAUAUGAAGAUUCUUUAAUUAAUUUAAAUAAGUCUCUUAAAUUACAAAAGAGCUUAUUCGCUUUAAGAUCUCGUGCUGAAGUUUUUAUUGCUAUUAAUCGUUAUGAUGAUGCAAUAAUUGAUUUAAAUUUGGCUUUAGAUAUUAAACCAAAUAAUGUUUUUACUAUGAUACGUAGAGCAAAAGUUUAUUAUUUAAUUGGUCAAUUUAAUAAUGCUUUGACUGAUUUAAAUAAUGCUUUUGAAUUGGAUCGUUCAAAUGCUACUUCUGCUCCAACUUUAUCAAAUCGUGGUGAAAUUUAUAGAUUAAUGGGUCGUGAUGAUUUGGCUCUAAUGGAUUUAAAUGUUUCUUUACAACUUAAAGAAGAUGUUUUAACUUUAGAAAGAAGAGGUCAAGUUUUUUUAUCUUUAGGAAAAGAUAAUGAUGCUUUGGAUGAUUUUGAAAGAAUUUUAAAAAUUAAUCCUCAACAUUUUACUGCUCAUAAGAACAUUGCUAAUCUUUUAUAUAAAUUUAAACGUUAUGAAAAAGCUCUUAAACAUUUUACUUAUGCUUUAAAUUUAAAAUCUGAUGAUUUCUUUUUAUUAAAAUCUAGAGCUAUUAUUUAUCAAAAACUUGGUUUUAAUAAUAAUGCUAUAAAAGAUUUUACUUCUGCUUUAGUUAUUUAUCCUAAUAAUAUAGAUUUAUUAAGAUAUCGUGGUGAAAAUUUUAGAUUAAUUCAAGAAUUUGAAAAUUCUAUAAGGGAUUUUUCUAAAGUUUUGGAAUUAGAUCCAAAAAAUGUUUACGCUUUAACUAGACGUGGUGAAGUUUUUCGAAUGUUAAGACAAGGUUCAAAAGCAUUAAGAGAUUUAGAUGAAGCUAUAAGAUUUGAUCCUGAUAAUAUUAUGGCAAGAGAAAGUCGUGCUAUUUACCGAUCUUUAGAUAAGAAUGAGGAAGCAUUGGCAGAUUUGGAACGCGCAUUAAAUAAUAUGAGAGAUAAAGCGUUUAAUAUUGAUUAUGAAACUAAAGCUUUAUGUAAUCGAGGUGCUGUUUUAUUUAAAAUGGGAAAUUAUAAUGAGGCUUUGGUUGAUUUUAAUAAGGUUUUAGUAAGAGAUCCGAAAAAUUUAUUUGCUCUUAAUGAACGAAGUGCUAUUUAUGAAGCUUUAGGAAAGAAAGAUAAAGCGAUAGAGACAAACAAUUCGCCGACUGUUGAAUCUGAGAAAUCCUCUUGA